CCCGCGUCUUUCUCCCCCCCUUUCUCUCUUUCUCUCGUUUUCGUCCGAGCUCAGAAAAUCGAAAGGGACUCUUCUCCUCCACGCAAAAUCAAAGCAAAUCCAUGGUUUCUCUCCUCAAAUCAGAAGUAGAGUGAUUUACUGGGUUGCUUCCUUCAGCACUUGGCGCAACGUUCUGCUCCCUUCAGGUGCACUCAGUCUUGCUUUUGGCUCUAGCAACCACACAGAUUCUGGUAUUGUAUUUUCUGGAUCCAUAACAUCUGAAAACCAACUCAUGUGUGCUUAUAACAUUUAGUAUUGAUUCUUUCUGAAAUGAGAUUGCUAUUCAUGCAAAUAAAUGGUGAACCUGUUUUAGACUUUAAAAAAUAAAAAUGUUAUAGUUGAAAUGUACUUCAAAGAUUGCUAUUUAUAUAAAACCUGUUUCAGAUUUAAGUAGAAUUUCAAUGAGGUGUUCUAUUUUUAUUAGUCAAAAAUCUCUAUGAUUUUGUGUCUUAGUAGCAGAUUUAUUCGUGUCAAUUGCAGUCAUAUACUGCUAUAUAUGCUAAUGUUAAAAGCUUGAAAUGUACUGUCUUGUUUAUUGUGCUGCGUUGUAUGUGCUGCUUUGUCUGACAACUUAAUAAUUAUAAUUCUCCUAGGAUGGACAAUCUGUUGGAUGAGGACCCAUUCUUCACCACUCUCUUACAAAGUGGAGGAGAAGGUCCUAUUACUAGUUACCACUCCAACAUUCUCACAGCAUUCUAAUGUUGUGGUCGCUUCAACCCCCCUUCACGGUGAAAAGAGGCCUCCAACAAAAAAAGUUCAAAGAGGAGCUUCUUUCACUGUUGAGGAGGAUAAUGUACUUGUCUCUGGUUGGCUCAACAUUAGUAUUGAUGUCAUUCGGGGAACUGAUCAGAAAUCCACUCAAAUGUGGGAGAGGAUUUCUGAAUUUUAUCACGAAUAUAAAAAACCACAGACUAUGAACCGUUCGGUUGGAUCAUUGAUCAAUCGUUGGUCCAUGAUUCAGAAAUGCACAAAUAAGUUUUGUGCAUAUCUAGCUCAAGUAGAGUCAUUGCACCCGAGUGGUGCAACCGAACAAGAUAAGGUAUGUACACUUUUCCUUUAAUAAUAUGGUCUAUUUAUUCAAAGAUUUAUUAUUUGACACUAUUCUUUAAAACUUUUUUCAGAUCGAAAAGGCAAAAAUAUUGUACAAAGAGAUGGAACGAGGAAAUUUCACAAUGGAUCAUUCUUGGAAUCUUUUGAGACACCAACCCAAAUGGCAUCAACAUAUGAAUACGUUGAAUACGAGGAGAAAGCCACAUGAUAAACAUCCUUCCAAUGAGCAGUCAAGUGAAGUUUUGGGAGAUGUUGUGGAGGAGCAUGUUGAAAGGCCUGCUGGAAAAAAGGCUGAAAAGGAAAACUUGAGGAAGCGAAAGGCUCAAGAAUCAUCUGAUGCUGAGUUCAACACUGCAUUAGGAGCAAUGACCGAGGAUAGACGAUUGUUCAUGGCGGAGAGAAGAGAAUGGCAGACGAAGGCUGAUCGUGAUAGAGGUGCACAACUGGAUCUUGAUAAAAGAAAGUUUGAUGCUGAGAUGAUGGGCAAGGAUCUUUCUGGUAUGAAUGCCAUGCAGCAAGCCUACUUCCGUAAAGUUCAGAAAAAAAUUUGGGAAGAGUCAAUGAGUGAUGAAGAUGGUAUAUCCGAAUGACUUUCUGAUUUCCAGCUUGUAGUGGCUGCUUAGCCACAAGACUUUAUAAUGAAGCAUGUGGCUGGGCAGCCACUAUGAUAAUGGAUGACUUUCUGAUUUCCAGCUUUUUUGAAUGGAAAUACAUUAGAAUUUGUGAAUGUUAGUUUAGUUUUUGGACUUGGUUUUGUGGAUAGAAAAUCUGUGAAGUAUCCAUUUUUUGGAA